UUAUCUAACAGUUCAAGUACAGUUGAUAUAGUUGAAGCGCAGUCAAAAUAUGGUUUUUGGGGGUGGAAUUUGUGGCGUCAACCUAUAGGGUUUAUAGUUUUUCUAAUUUCGUCCUUAGCCGAGUGUGAAAGAUUACCUUUUGAUUUACCAGAAGCAGAAGAAGAAUUGGUAGCAGGUUAUCAAACCGAAUAUUCAGGUAUAAAAUUUGGUUUAUUUUACGUUGCUUCGUAUCUGAAUUUACUAGUUUCUUCAUUAUUUGUAACGGUUCUUUACUUAGGGGGUUGGAAUCUUUCUCUUCCGCACAUAGCCCUUCCUUUUUUUUUUGAAAUAAAUAAAGCGGGUAGAGUCUUUGGAACAAUAAUUGGUAUCUUUAUUACAUUGGCUAAAACUUAUUUGUUCUUAUUCAUUGCUAUCACAACAAGAUGGACUUUACCAAGGCUAAGAAUGGACCAACUCUUAAAUCUUGGGUGGAAAUUUCUUUUACCUAUAUCUCUCGGCAAUCUAUUAUUAACAACUUCUUCCCAACUUCUUUCACUGUAAAAGACUAUGAUAUUCUAUCUUCACGACUUGUCUCAAACAAGAACAAGAGAAAGAAACAAAACAAGCAUAAAAUUUUUUAUAGAUAUUCACAAUAUGUUUUCUAUGGUAACUGAGUUCAUGAAUUAUAGUCAACAAACAGUACGAGCUGCAAGGUACAUCGGCCAAGGUUUCAUGAUUACUUUAUCACAUGCGAGUCGUUUACCUGUAACUAUUCAAUAUCCCUACGAAAAAUUGAUUACAUCGGAGCGUUUCCGCGGCCGAAUCCACUUUGAAUUUGAUAAAUGCAUUGCUUGUGAAGUAUGUGUUCGUGUAUGUCCUAUAGAUCUACCUGUUGUAGAUUGGAAAUUGGAAAAGGAUAUUAGAAAGAAACGAUUGCUUAAUUACAGUAUUGAUUUCGGAAUCUGUAUAUUUUGUGGUAAUUGCGUUGAGUAUUGUCCAACAAAUUGUUUAUCAAUGACUGAAGAAUAUGAACUUUCUACAUAUGAUCGCCACGAAUUGAAUUAUAAUCAAAUUGCUUUAGGGCGUUUACCAAUGUCAAUAAUUAAUGAUUACACGACUCGAACAAUUUUGAAUUUGCCUAUGAAAUAAAAAAGAGAGCAACUCCCAAUUAAUAAGACUCCAUUUUGAUGUAAAAGAAAAGAAUGAGGCUCUUGCUUGGUGAAUAACUACAACUCCAAACUAUUGAUUGAUUGGUUUUGUUAGUGAGAAUCGUGGUAAAUUUUUGAUUUGAUUUGAAAUUAAUAUAUAGUUUUUAAAAUUCUUUCGGAUAAAGAACGAAAUAGGUGCAAUAACUAUAUCUAGAUAAAUCCACAUCUGUUCAAAUUAAAUUCAAUUAAUAAUGAAUUAAUAAUGAAGAAGUAUGAUAAAAUGAUUUCUUUUUUCCUGGCCAGGUCAAUUAAAGUUAUGAAAGAUUUCGAUUUAUUUAUCUAUUUAUAUAUAUAAUGGAUUUACCCGGACCAAUACAUGAUUUUCUUUUAGUCUUUCUGGGAUCGGGUCUUAUAUUAGGAGGUCUGGGAGUGGUAUUACUCCCCAAUCCAAUUUAUUCUGCCUUUUCAUUAGGAUUGGUUCUUGUUUGUACAUCCUUAUUCUAUAUUCUAUCAAACUCCCAUUUUGUAGCUGCUGCGCAACUUCUUAUUUACGUAGGAGCUAUAAAUGUUUUAAUCAUUUUUGCUGUAAUGUUCAUGAAUGGUUCCGAAUAUUACAAAGAUUUUCAUCUUUGGACCGUUGGGGACGGAGUUACGUCGAUGGUUUGUACAAGUAUUUUUGUUUCACUAAUUACUACUAUUCCAGAUACGUCAUGGUACGGGAUUAUUUGGACUACAAAAUCAAACCAGAUUGUAGAGCAAGAUUUGAUAAGUAAUAGUCAACAAAUUGGGAUUCAUUUAUCAACAGAUUUUUUUCUUCCAUUUGAACUUAUUUCAAUAAUUCUUUUAGUUUCGUUAAUAGGUGCGAUUACUGUAGCUCGUCAAUAAUAAAUCUUUCGAAUUCGGAAUACAAAUCAAACUUUGUUGGGGGUUAUCACAUUAAUUUCCCUUCUUUUUUUUUUUUUAAUAUAU